AACCGUUGCACGGUGAUGUUCCGGAUCUGAGGAAGACGACUGUACCUACUAGACGUCUUCUCAACUUCUCUAUCUGUAGCGCGAGCACCACGCAGAGCUGCCUUACGUACGAAAGAAUCUACUGAGUAUAAGAGCAGAGAGGAUAUAUCACAGCAUCUAACUGGCAGUGGAUAACGUAUACCCAUCAUGCUCCGACGUAUGCUCUUGGCCCUGCUUGUCGUUUCUCUCGUCCUCUUAGUCUCCCCAGUGCAAGCCUCUUUAUUUAACGAUCCAAGUCUUUCCUACUGUAAAUGCAUAUGCUUUACCAAUUCCACCAUCAUCCCGCUCUACCGCCCCGAAAACCCCAAGAAACCAUGUUUAUCCUGUACCCGCCAAUUCUGUAUCGAUCAAAAGCUCGCUAUAUGCAAAGGUGCAGAAGUACCAGAACUGAAUAAAGAUAUCGGUACAGGUACUGAAGGAGAUGUUGAAGCUAGAUGUUUCAAGCGUGAUUCGCCAAGAGACCGGCUGGUGGCCACCUUCUUCCUUUUGAUUGUUAUAGGGCUUCUUCUAUAUUCUGCUAUACGUUCCAGGUUGAAAAAAGCUAUUGCUACACGAGGACGACCGCAGGAUCUUCGAGAAUGGGGCGAAGCAUUGCUGCCAAUUCCUAUCCAGCAGUAUUCCGCUUCAGUUUGGCCUAGGAGACGAGAAGAAGAAGGUGGUUCGUGGUCUGGAGGCGAGAUGCGUAGCCCAGGCGGUUAUACGCCAGUUAGUGUUGGCAGCUAGGGAUUAUCAAGCUUCUGAUUUGACUUCUGGGACCGAUGUGUUAAUAGAGUAGAAGACAGAUUUCGUUUGUGUUUUGAUUUUGGGAUCCUAUGCAUGCUACAACACGAACAGAACUACUG